GGAGCCUGGCGGGCUACAGUCCAUGGGGGUUGCGAAGAGUGGGACACGGUUGCGCAUACCUGCAUUUACCUUCCCGUCCAGGGAUCGCCAUGGGGGAAGAGUGUUUAGUGCAGGUGAUGUCUGCACGGGGUCAGCUGCGCCCACGUGCACCGUCGCCUCUUGCCCUUGCCUGCAACCUGGCCCGAAAGCCCCCCUCUGUUGCCUUUGGUUUCUCCUUUCCUAGUGCCUCCUCCCAGGACCUGUCGGGCGGCGCCUGGGAGCCAGCGAACCUGCAGCGCACCUCCGACCACUUCAGCUCGCUGGGGAGUGUCGACAGCCUGGACCCGUCCUCCCAGCCCGACCCGUCGGGGCGCCUCUCGGCCGCCAAGUCCAGCAGCAGCAUCGACCGCUUGGGUGGCGCCAGCAAGCGGGACUCGGCUUACGGCUCAUUCUCCACCCGCUCCAGCACCCCGGACCACACCCUGCCCAAGGCGGACGCAUCCUCGGCCGAGAACAUCCUCUACAAAGUGGGCCUGUGGGAGGCCUCCGCUGCAGCACACAGCCGGCUGGGCCCGACGGCCGGCGACCCUCAGGGCGCCGAGGAGCCCCUGGGGUGCUUCCCGCACCGGGUCCCUGAGGACGGCCCCGAGCCCAAGCUAGCUGCUUGCGGGCGGUCCAGCUCUGGGCCCGUCUGGUAUGUUCCCGAUAAGAGACGAGCCCCUCCGUCCCCUCCCCCGCCGCCUCCCCCGCUCCGCCGGGACAGCUUCGCUGCCAUCAGGAGCCACGAGCAGACCCAGGGCCCCGCGUUCUCAGCAGACGCUGCCCACGCGCAGCCCUUGCCGGGCCUAAGCCGCGCGCAGCCCCACGGCGGCGACUGGAAGAGACCUGAGCCCGCUAAUCAGCCGUCGAGGCCGGCCCGGGGGGGCGAAGGCUGGAGAGCCGCGAGCUCUUUGGGCUGCAUGCCCGGGGCGCACCUGGACUGCGGGGGGUCGGCCUGCGAUAGCGGGUCCCGGGCCCUCCUGGGGGCCCCCAGCCGGCUGCAGGCUUCUCUAUCCAGCACCGACGUGCGCCACCCGCAGCCCUCGCCCGCGUGCCAACACCCGCGCCACUCGAGCGACGAGGGCCCCUUCUUCCGCGAGGGCCCCAGGGCCGCCACGUGGCUUGGGGAGCCCUUCCUCACUGACUGCGUCGCGGACGACAGCCCUGCUGCUAUUGUUGUCGGAGGGCCACGAGCUGCCGACCAGAGGGGGGACUCUGGCACGCAGAGCCGCUACUAUUGCGUGAUGUCCAGACCCGGUCCCCAGUGGGGCGCCCCGGCCCCCCAGCCCCGCUGCUACCCGUCCCGGCUGGAGGGCGCCCCGGGCGCACGGCAGAGAGGCAGGGCGGAGCCGGUGGACAGGGCACCUGAGGACCCACCGGGGGCCAGCAUCCUGGACAAAGGCGAUAGGAAGAGGGUGGUGGGCAGCCUGGACUUUGGGGGCGGUGAGAUCUGCCCCCUGCAGACGCCCAUGCUGCACUCGCUGAGCCGGGAAGGGGCGCGCCGGCAUGAGACUGGCCACGAGGACGCGGCAGCAGCGCCGCCCGAGGCCCCGGCAGGCAAGCCCCUCCGGAGGAGCGAUCGCUUCGCCACCACCCUGAGGAACGAGAUCCAGCAGCGGCGAGCCAGGCUGCAGAAGAGUCGGAGCACUGCCACCUUGGCCAGCUCUGCGGAGGAGGAGGGUGAGAAGAUGAACGCGGUGGGGCUGGCGGAGGACCAGUGCCCCGCAACCCCGGACGAGAACAUGCGCACCUUUGCCGACAGGUGGAAGUUUUUUGAGGAAACCAGCAAGCCUGUGGGCCCCCAGCCGGGGCCGAGGCCAGCGCCCUAUGGCUUCCCCAGGGAGAAGCCGGAGAUGCUGUGGAAAGCAGGCCCUGGAAAAGAUGGAAAGGCAGGGAAACCCAUCCCGCCGCAGAGGCUCGGCACCUUCGCAGAGUAUCAAGCCUCCUGGAGGGAACAGAGGAAGGUACCGGAAGCCAGGGGUGCCGGCAGGUACCACUCCGCCGACAACAUCCUCGACGUGGGUGUGGACCAGGAGGAGAGGCCGCAGUACGUCCAUGAAAGGUCCCGGUCAUCACCUUCCACGGAUCUCUACAAGCAGGACGCCUCCGUGGAAUCUCGACGGCAAGCAGGGGACCCGGAGGAGCACACGGAGCUUUCUUGGGCGGCACGGGCCAAGGGCAGAGGCCCCACCCCAAGCAUCGCCCAAGGGUACGGUGGCUCGGAGCCGGCAGGCGUGGAGGUCUGCAUGUGCUGGCGUGGGACGCUGGCAUGGUUGGCGCUUUUGUGA